AUGAAUAACGAAAGUUUAUCACCAUUAUCAGAAAAAUAUGAUCUACGAGAUUUAUAUCCAAUAAUAGAAGAAAUUCCAUUAUUAAGUAAUAAAAAAUUUCAACAAAAACUAUCGAAUGAAAAUAAUGAAAUAGAAAAUCAUAUUGAUUUUAUUCUUGUUUAUGAAGAAGCAUUAUAUGAAAAUAAUAAUGAUAUGAAUUCUUUUGAACGUGCACAAAAAGCGAUGAGAAAAAAUUUUGAAGCUAAUUUACAACAUUAUGGAUUAAUAUUAAAUUAUCAAAAAAUUCCACUUAAAUAUCAACGACAACGAAUUUUUGUUUUAAUUACAACACCAUUUGAAAAACUUCUUGAAAUGUCAGAAAUUACUCGUACUUAUCUACCAUUCGAUCGUAUCAAUCCUAUUCUACGUCGAUUAUUAACCUAUCCAACAUUAACUUAUGGGAUACCAAAAAUAUUUCUUCCAGAUUCAAUCGUAUUUCAAGAAAAUAGUCAACGAUCUAGUUAUAUUUUUUAUCCAUAUUCAAAACGAUUACAUCAUAAAUUUGCUCGUCAUUUUAAUUCACGAGAUGGGAUUUUUACUAUCGCACAACGUACUCGUUUGACAUUUGAUAUACUUUCACGUAUGCCUUUAUUACCACCAUCAUCAACAACGAAAAAAUAUCAUUCAACAAUAAUUUCAAAUGAUUUAAAAAUUUCUUAUCCUAGUCAUACAACAUUUGAAUCCUUAACAAUUAAUUUAACACCAACAAGACGAGUUAGUUUUAGUUCUAUACCACAUGAUGAUAUAAUUAAUAAUUUAAAUGAAUUUAAUCGACAUCCAAUUGUUAAAAUUCUUUCAUCACAUCAAUAUGCUUAUGGAAUAAAUAUACUUAUUAAAAUAGGAAUAUAUUUAACUGCUUAUCCUAUACAUGAAGAAUAUGAAAAAAAAUCGAGUAUUAAUAAGAAUGAAUUUAUCAAUACAAGAGAAUUACUUUAUCUAUAUUGGGCACAAAUAAAACAUAUAUUUAAAAUACAACCAAUUGAACUUAUACGUUCUUAUUUUGGGGAAAAUGUUGCACUCUAUUUUGUCUAUUUAGGGUGGUAUACUUAUAUGCUUAUAUUACCAUCAAUUAUUGGAUGUAUAGUCAUGGGAUAUUCAAUUAUAAAUGUAUUUUUUGAUAUACCAACAUUACAAACAUGUCAUGAUGUUAACAUAAGUACGGAAUAUUUAUGUCCUCAACGUACACGUAAAAAAUAUGUAUCAAUUGGUAAUGAAUGUCUAACGAAACGAUUUAGUAUUCUAUUUGAUAAUUAUUCUACUUAUAUGUUUGGUGUAUUUAUGAUUUUUUGGAUUCUUUGUUUACGACGUUUUUGGCAACGUUAUUUAGCACGAUUUCAAUAUCAAUGGAGUGUUUAUGAAGAUGAACGUCGUCAUGAAUUAACUCGAUCAUCAUUUUUAAUUCAAUCAACACAAACAAAUAUUAAUCGAAUAAAUGGUAUUGAAGAACCCUAUAUCCCAUUAUCGAUUAUAAUUCUCUGCCGUUGUCUUUCAUUUCUUGUUUUAUUAAUAUUUAUUGGUUUAUCAACAUUAAAUCUUAUUUUAAUGUUAUAUAUUCGUUUAAAAUUAUUUCAUAUAUUCCAUUCGAUUAAAUUUGAAUUAACUAAAGAAAAUUCAUUUAUUAUUAUAAGUAUUAUAACAUCAACAAUAUCAUUGAUAAUAAGUGUAAUACUUGGUUUUAUAUUUGGUUAUAUUGCUAAUCGAAUGACUGAAUUUGAACGACAUCGAUAUCAAUCUGAUUUUGAUGCAAGUUUAACACUUAAAUUAUUUAUUUUUGCAUUUGUUAAUUAUUAUUCUGUUCCAAUUUAUAUUGCAUUUUUCAAACCAUGGAUAUCAUCAUUACCAACAAAUAAAGCGUCAGGUACACAAUCAUAUUUUAUUUUUACUGAAAAACUUGAACCAUGUAAUGAUUUAACUGGAUGUUCAUAUGAAAUAAGUGUUAUUUUAUUGAUUACACUUAUUGGAAAACAAUUAGUUAAUUCAAUUAUUGAAAUAUUGGCAACAAAAAUAUUAAAUUUUUUCAAAUAUUUGUAUUAUCAUAGAAGAGAAUUAGAUAAGAAGACAAAUAUUCAAUUACAAAAAUCAUUUACAUCAUUAACAGACAUUACUGAUGACAUCACCGAAGAUGACGUCACUACAACAGAACGAGCAUCAUGGAAAACAGAUAUAUAUUUACAACGUCUUGGACGUUGGGAACUAUAUAAUGAAUAUAUUGAAAUAAUGGUUCAAUAUGGUUUUAUUGCAAUGUUUUCCAUCGCUUUACCAAUCGCACCAUUUUUAGCAAUGAUCAAUAAUUUAUUUGAAUUACGAACAGAUGCUAUGAAACUUUUAUUCGAAUUUCGUCGACCAAUUGGUGAACUUGCUUAUACACUUGGUAUAUGGGAAAAAAUUUUUGAUGCCUUAUCAAAAAUUGCAAUAUUAACUAAUAUACUUUAUUUAUUAAUUACAUGUGAUUUAAUAUCAAAAUUAUUUUAUAUUUAUAUUCAAGAUGAUAUUAGUUUAAAGAAUUAUCUUAAUUAUACAUUAUCAUAUUUAUAUUUAAAUGAUUUAGAUGAUGAAAAUGAAAUUUUUCAAGGAAAUCAAUUAAAUAUUACUUAUUGUCGUUAUCGAGAUUUUAGAUAUGAUUACGGAGAAGUAUAG